GCUACAGAAGUCUUUCAUGGAGAUGGCUGACUAAGUGGAAACUUCACCACAGACCAGCUUGCCACCUCCCAUAUGAAAAAUGGAAAAUGGCUGAGUGAUAUUCCAUUAUAAAAUGUUCCACGUAUUCUUUCUUCACUCGUCCAUUGAUGAACACAUAUGAUGUUUCCAGUUUCUGGCUAUAUUGAAUAAAGAAGCAAUGAACAGGAGCAUUAGCGGAGAUUUACUAAGCAAGGAUUCCAACCUCUCAACCUGGGAGACGACCAUCACAGCACCAAAUGGAAGCAUCUACUCUUAUUCUUCACAUUGUGAAAUCAUGUACCAAGCCAUGGUUUAUCUUUCCCUCGUCUUUACCACAGUUGGGAUGGGAGGAAAUGCCAUCGUGUUGUGGAUUCUGGGCUUCCACAUGCGCAGGAAUGCCUUCUCUGUGUACAUCCUCAACCUGGCUAUGGCUGACUUUCUCUUCCUGAGUUUUGAAUUUCUAUAUUGCAUUUUUUAUGUCAUUUACAUCUUCUCCUCCAUUUUCAUCGAAAUCCCUUCAUUUCUUUGGGUUGUGCAAAGUCUUGCUUAUUUUUCCGGUCUGAGCAUUCUCAGCGCCAUUAGUGUUGAGCGCUGUCUGUCUGUUUUGUGUCCCAUCUGGUAUCGCUGCCAACGCCCAAGGCACACAUCAGCUGUGAUAUGUGCCUUACUUUGGGCUAUGUCCCUGCUCUUGAGUCUUCUGCAUGAGGAGGCAUGUGGCUUACUUUUUAAUAACAAUACAUGUUUGUCGUGUGAGACAUUAAAUUAUAUCUCAGAUUAUUGGUCAAUUAUUUUAUUUGUGGUUCUCUGUUUUUCCAGCCUCACCCUGCUGGUGAGGAUCUUCUGUGAUUCACAGAGGAUCCCUGUGACAAGGCUGUUUUUGACCAUUGUACUCACAGUGCUAUUCUUCCUGAUCUUUGGUCUCCCCUUGGGAAUCAGCUUUCUCCUCCACACAUGGCUUAGAGAUUUGUAUUACGCUAAACUUUGUGAUCUUUAUGUGACAGUAUUUCUAUCCUGUGUUAACAGCUGUGCCAACCCCAUCAUUUACUUCUUCAUUGGCUCCAUCAGGCACCACAGGUUCCAGCGGAAGUCUCUGAAGCUGUUUCUUCAGAGAGCCUUGCAGGACACUCCUGAGGAGGAAGGUAGAGAGAGGGCCUGUUCAAGAGAGACUGGAGAACUUGAAACAAUGUAGUGCAGCAGCUGAGAGAUGCUCUGAUGAGACAGAAGCGGUUUUGAGAGAGAAUUUUUUCCCAUAUAUGUGGGUUAUUUUCCCAACCUUGUUCAGUUUGUCACCUGACUUCAACCAUUUUUUAAAAAGAAUAACCUUUUGUGUGGAAGUUGAGUGACCCAAAACUUUUUAUGCAAGCACUGACUGCAGCAUUUCUGGAGCUAUCUUAUAUUGGGCCUCCUCAAAUCCAUAUAAUGGGGCUCCCUAUAAGCGCUCCGGGUGUAUGAAUUGCUCCCACUGAUGAGAAAUCCCUCCUUCAUCAUAAGACAUAAAAAGUACAGAAAUGGAUUACAUUUCUUAUGCACUGAAAUUUAUAGAAGUUAAAUAAUUGUUAUAGUUUACUAAAAUUUUUCACAGCAUUUUUCAUUGUUUCAAGAGUUAAACAGAUAUCUCUUACAAUGCCAGUUCUUAUUAAUGUCUAUAGGUUUUGAAGAAUCUAUGUAGCUAUAUUCUUUCUUACAUAAAUUGUUUAGUAAACAAAUAUGCAUUUUCAAGAGAAGUCCGUCUUAAAUCUCUUCUCACCAAGUGAUUUCCUUGCCUUCAAAUUCACUGUAUCUGUCUUUUUCCACAUUGGAAGAGUCUGGUCAGGAACUGUAUUGAGAUCUGUAAACAUCCAUGCACAUCUGAAGGGAGAGGGAGAAUGUCAUCUGAGGUUCCCUUCACAAGGCCUUGCUUAGCAUUCCUUGGUCAAUUCAUUUCUCUUCGUCUCUUCUUUGCCAUGAUCUACGUCUCCCUGAAUGCCUAAUUCUUUAAGACAAAUUUCCAAAAAAUUCUUUAGAGCAGGUUCCCUUGAAAUCAACCAUGCUUCAAAUUUAUGCUAUAUUAUGAAUUAUGCUUAUUUUAGUAACAUUUUUCUAUAAAAUGCUGUCCCAAUUUUAAAGCUCAGGUAUGUGAUAAUUUCAAAUGAAGCAUUAUUAAGAGAGCAUAAUAUGGACAUAUAAAAGGGGAAAACCCAAAAUAUUUUGUUAAGUAAUUUUGAGUAGAGGACUGAGAAUCAAUAAAGACCCAGAAGGUCCCUUACUCUGCUUUAUCCAUUUCCUACUCAAUCAUAAAUCUUUGGAUCAGAGGUCAGCACUAUACAAAUUUCUAUCCUAAAUUAAAAUUUAGAUUGCGAAUUGGAAGACUGUAACAUAAAUAUUGGUA